UCUACUACAACAACCUGAAUUUAAGACAGCUAGUUUGAUGUCAAGAUGGACCCAAUGACUACAGAAUCUUCCUCGGUCAUUUUUCAGCAGGUGCUGGUUCCUUUCUGGCUUGCAGGACUAGGAACAGUCACAGCUGGAAUGGUGCUGGAUGAAAUACAGCACUGGGAAAUGCUUAAAGAAAUAUCUGAAGUGUUUAUAUUGGUUCCUGCACUAGUGGGUUUAAAGGGAAAUCUGGAGAUGACUUUGGCAUCCAGACUUUCCACAGCAGCCAACACCGGACAGCUAGACAAUCCCAGGCAGCGGACACUGAUGGUGUACUCCAAUCUAGCUUUAGUCCAGGUGCAGGCCAUAGUGGUUGGUUUUCUGGCUGCACUGGCUGCAGUAGGUUUGGGAAGCUUGAUUAAGGGCCGCAUAGACCUUCAUCAGGCUGCUGUACUGUUUGCUAGCAGUGUGACCACAGCCUUCAUCUCUGCUUUCACUUUGGGGUUGCUGAUGGUAGCUGUGAUCAUUGGAUCUCGAAAGCUGGGCAUUAACCCUGAUAAUGUAGCAACCCCUAUAGCUGCAAGCCUCGGUGACCUCAUCACCCUCUCGUUGCUGGCAGGGAUUGGCAGCUGCUUCUUCCAGUUGAGAGAGAUGUGGUAUUUACUUAUGCUGAUAUGUGUUGUGCUGCUGUUGCUCAUUCCUCUCUGUUUGGCCAUCGCUCGCCGCAGUCCACCAAUCAGAGAGGUGCUGAAGUCAGGCUGGCAACCUGUUAUCACUGCUAUGCUAAUCAGCAGUGCUGGAGGUCUGAUUCUUGAUAAGACUGUAAGUGACCCUCGGUUUGAAGGCAUGGCUGUGUUCACACCCAUCAUUAACGGUGUAGGUGGGAACCUGGUGGGCAUUCAGGCCAGCCGCAUUUCCACCUACAUGCACUGCAUCUGUGUUCCUGGAGACACAUCCUCACACGUUAAAACACACUGCCCUCAUCCCAGCAUGACUUUCUGCUCCUCAGUGAACUCCAGAUCUGCUAGAGUUCUCUUGAUGCUGGUGGUUCCAGGUCACCUGCUCUUCCUUUACACAGUCCAGAUGCUACGGGGUGGACACAUUGCCAUGACAUCUGCAUUUGUCUGCUGUUACCUGUGUGCUGCACUCCUGCAGGUACUAAUACUGCUGUACGUGGCAGAUGUGUUGGUGUGGUUGAUCUGGCGACGUGGUCUGGACCCUGAUAAUUACUCCAUCCCAUACCUGACUUCACUGGGGGAUCUGCUGGGCACCAGCCUCCUCGCUCUCACUUUCAGAGCAAACUGAGAUCAGAUCAGUUCCCUUGUCUGAAUAUUUUUUUAACAUACACAAAUUAAAGAGAAACAAAAACUGGUCCAAAAUAGCAUUAUUUUAUUUCAUUUUGGAGAAAAGACUUAAAAAUGUAUUAGACUAACUUUCCAGAUUUUCCACUCUCACAGACCACUGUGAUUCAUUAUGUAGAAUUACUGUAUGUAUGUCUACAGUUGGGGGAUUAUGGUGGUUUGGUGGUUAGAAUGUUUGCCUUGCACCUCCAGCACUGGGAGUUUGACUCCUGCCUCCGCCACGUGUAUGUGGACCUUGCAUGCUCUUCCUGU